AUGGAUAAGUGGCUAAUAAAACGCAUAUCUACAGAUGCAGGUGGCGGAAGUCCCAAUAACGCAUCACAAAUCAAAAGAAUUAAACACGUAGUUCUUGACAGCAGUGUCGCCUCAGAUUCUACAAGGACAACUACUGUUACGAGUAAUAUAAGUCGUGAGACCAAUGACGCCACUUCAAAUACUAGUAGUGUUAUUACUAUCGAUGAAAGCAGAGAAACAUCUAGUUCCACUACUAUAACUAUUAGUCAUAACAGCGAUGAUUGUAGUUCAACAGCUACAUCUACUUUACACAUCGAUACAGAGAGUGACGCUUCAACUUCAACUAAACAAGCAACAGCUACAUCGGAGACAACUGGGAAGCGUCAACGCAUCUUUAAAGAAUCGUACAUCCAGUUUGAUUUUAAAUGUACAGUGUUGAAUUUUUAA